CUUCCAAUCAGCGGUCAGAGAGUCUGGAAGAACUACAACUCCCGGCAGACCACCCAACACCGCAUUUUGAAGUCUUGACUCUGGGCUUUUGGGGAGGUUCCUUCUGCACCUUCGCUCCACGAUUCUCCGGGGGGGAAGUGGAGUAGGGGGGCACGAACCAUGGAGGAGAAGGUGCUGCCCUCUUUGGGCAACACCAAACCGCACCUAGAGAAACUGACUCUCGGGAUCACCCGCAUCUUGGCAUCUCCAGGAGUGACAAAGGUGAGGAUCAUGGAGAAGGAGCCUGCUGAGCGACACAUGAUUGCUUCGUGGGAACUGAAGAAUGACUGUGUCAUGCCAGAGGAUUUGAAGAAUUUUUACCUGAUGACAAAUGGAUUCCACAUGGUGUGGAGUGUGAAGCUAGAUGAUCAGCCUGUGCCUUUGGGAUGCCUGGUGAUUAACAGUAUCGCAAACUUGACUCAGCUCACCCAGUCUGCUAUGUACACGCUUCCCAAUUCACCAACUCUGGAGGAUCUAGAUGAUGAGGAGGACGAAGCUAAUGAAGACCAGCCAGAGAAGCCCCACUUUGACUCUCGAAGUAUAAUAUUUGAGCUGGAUUCCUGCAAUGGGAAUGGCAAAGUGUGUCUUGUCUACAGAAGGGCUUCACCAGUAGCCAAAGAAAGCAAGAUCUGGUUCCUGGACAGAGCUUUGUAUUGGCACUUCCUCACGGACAGCUUCACUGCCUACUACCGCCUGCUGAUCACCCACCUGGGCCUCCCCCAGUGGCAGUAUGCCUUUACCAACUACGGUGUUAGCCCACAGGCCAAGCAAUGGUUCAACAUGUAUAAACCCAUCACCUACAAUACCCCGGUGCUCCCAGAAGAAACUGACUACUUCAUAAACAAGCUAGACCCCAGCAAGGUGUUCAAGAAUAAGACUAAAACCUCAGCCCCCACCAAAAGAGGGGGGACCCCGCACCCUCCGGGCUCCCAGAAAGGAUCAUCUAGUUCCUCUUCCACCAAGUCUUCCUCUUCGUCUGGAAACCCUGUUAGAAAGUGAGCCCUGGGGCAGCUAGGUGGCGCAGUGGAUAGAGCACCGGCCCUGGAUUCAGGAGGACCUGAGUUCAAAUGUGGCCUCAGACACUUAACACUUACUAGCUGUGUGACCUUAGGCAAGUCACUUAACCCCAAUUGCUUCACUAAAAAAAAAAAAAAAAAAAGUGAGCCCUUCCCUCUGCACCGAGAGAACUCAAAGGGUCUUACUCUCCAUCUCUUAAUGUGGACCCGAAUCCAAGAGCCUGGACUGUGCCACCCAGCAAGCGGUUGUGUUACAUUGUUCCCGAAGCCCAUCCAGGGGAGCAAGAGACAGUUCUGAUCCCUUCUGGACCUCGUCAAGUGUCUGAGGAGACCCAGGGCCCUGAUCAGAGAACCCCCCCCUUCCCCCCCACACCCCCAACCCACCUGCCAUGUUCCCUCUCCUCCAGCAGUCAUUAAAGCCCAUCCUGUUAACUCUGAGGAGUUAACAAUCCAUCAUCCUCCACAAUGACACAGGGCAUGGCCACGCAUUCCACACCUCUGCUUUUUUCCCCUAAUGGAGGUGGACCUGAUACAGGGGAACAUCCAUUCAAUAACAUGUUGUUCAACUGGAUGAUUGCUGGGCGAAGGCUUUGACAGCUGCUGAAAAACGCCAGAUACUCAUGGUCCCCCUGAAUUGCCAGACUCAUUAGAGAGUCCGAGAAGACCCCUGCAUUUAAUGUCCUGUUUGCUUUUCAUUAUCAAUGGAGCCAAACCAAGAAAGUGUAUUCGUCCCUGGUCUGGAGGGCUUUCCACCUCUCAGUGUCUCAAAGGGUUUUGUUUUCCUGUGGUUUACUGCUAAAUAUGAAAUGUUUACCUCCGGAAGAUUGUUUCGGAAUAAAAAUGAACCUGCCUGACCAUUUUAAA